CUCGAUUACAACACCGUUGUUGGUGUUCUACUUCUUUGGUCUGCAUACCAUCGAGGCUUUGCGGAAGUACUGACGUGUACGCUUCGAACCAGUGUGGCUAAUGUGACUAGCUAGGUAGAGCCGGGUAGUGACACAGCGGCUGUAUCAGAAUGUCAGAAGGGGACAGCGUUGGAGAGUCAAUCCAUGGAAAACCAUAUAUAGUUGCUACUUUUUUUACUCGGAUCGGACAGAUCUAUCAGUCAUGGCUUGACAAGUCGACGCCUUACUCUGCAGUACGAUGGGGUGCCACGCUUCUACUCACUGCUGUAUACAUGAUCAGAGUGUACAUACUGCAGGGUUGGUAUAUAGUAACAUAUGCCUUGGGGAUAUAUCAUCUCAACCUGUUCAUUGCUUUUCUAUCGCCAAAGGUGGAUCCUUCACUGCUUGACGAAGACGAGGGCCCCGCCCUUCCUACGAAGCAGAAUGAAGAGUUCCGUCCCUUUAUCAGGAGGUUGCCUGAGUUCAAAUUCUGGCAUUCGGCCACAAAAGGCAUCGUCAUUGCCAUGAUUUGCACAUUUUUUGAUGCCUUCAAUGUGCCAGUGUUCUGGCCCAUACUUGUAAUGUACUUCAUCAUGCUCUUCUGCAUCACCAUGAAGAGGCAGAUCAAGCAUAUGAUCAAGUACAGAUACCUACCAUUCACACAUGGCAAGAGGACAUACAAAGGCAAGGAAGACACAGGGAAACCUUUUGCUAGUUAAAACCUCUCACUUUUCUUCCUCCUUGUUUGUAAUUUGCCUGUCACAGUUCAUGGCGAGUGAUGGGGUUAGAUAUUUUUUUUGUAAUUGCAUAGUAACAUGACAAGAAUAACAAAGACAAAGUUUUUUGAUCCAUGUCUGAAAGUGUUGUAGGAGCAUACCAGCAGCACCGAUCAGAUUAGUCUGAAAAUGUUGCCUUUGUCUACUAGCAUUGUUGGGAGGUGGAGUUCUUUAGAGGGCUCUCAGACUAAUUUUAGAUUUGGCCAAUGUUUGUUGAGUAGUUAGCGAGACUUGGUGCUGCCUUUUGCCUUUUUAAAGCCCACUGGGUAAGUACAAUGUCACCAAGAACUACUGUACAACGGGGAAAAAAAAGAUCUGCUACAGUUUAAGUUAUUUCACUUCAAGUGAACUCUUUCAGUCAUGUUUUUUGAUUAUAUCUUCACCAACUUAUUUGUAACGUGAUAUGUCAGUAGUGUUAGAUGUAAAACAGGAAAUAUGAAGGCAACAAGACUUGCUAGAUUGAAUAAUUCUAUCUCCUCAAAUAAAAGUGUGCUACUUCUCUGAAGUCUUAUCAGCUGUCUGUCCAAGGUGCUAAAUUUAGAUUUGUGGCAUUUCACUUCAUGAUAGACAUCACACUUAAAUAUUUGAAUUGACUGUCUUCAAUUGGCUAUUUCCGAAAUAUUUACUUUAUAUCAUUUGAUGUUUUGACUAGACAAGACAAGACAAGUCACACAAACAGGCUCUGUCCCCACACACCCAUAGUCACUUAUAUUCCGUUAUUUAGGCCCUGACCACACAUGAACGAGAUUUUUUUUUAUUUUUUUAUUUUUUUGGCGGGUUGAAAAAAUGUGUCCACACUGUGCUGGAUGAGUAAAUUCAAACCAAUCCAUUUUAUUUAUAUAGCACAUUUUAUAAACACUGUUUCCAAAAUGCUGCACAGACUAGUAAAACCAUAAAUAAUAAGAAAAAGUGCAAAUUACUACAGUAAAAAUUAAAAGAUCAGAUCAAAACAAAGCCACUUAGAACAGUAAAAUAUUUGAAAUACGAAGUAGAAACUAUGAAAGCAAAUACAAGAAGUAGGUAAAAAAAUAAGUAAAUUAAAUUAAAAAAACAAAAUAAAUAAAACUACUUCAAACUAAAAAAAUAAAAGAGACAGAGGACAUGAGCCACGCUGAGUUAAAAGCCAGAGAAUAAAAGUGGGUUUUAAGACAAGACUUAAAGCGUUUUUACAUGAGAGGGGAGAAUGUUCCACAGCUUUGGGCCAACUACGGAAAAGGUCCGGUAUCCCCUGGUCUUAAGUCUCGUCUUAGGCACCACCGGUUGGAGCUAAUGUGCGCGCUGGAGUGUAAAUUUGGAUGAGGUCCGUGCCUGUUCAAAGCCUUAAAAACAAACUAUAAAAUCUUAAAAUGAAUUAUAAAACAAACAACCAGUGCAGGGAGGCUAAAAUUGGGGUAAUAUUCUCCCUCUUUUUGGUUCCUAUUAAAAGCCGUGCCGCAGAGUUCUGGACUAACUAAGCGUGAGAGUAAUUUGUGGUUUAGUCCACAGUAAAACGUAUUACAGUAGUACAGAUGUCACGGAAUAAAAGCGUGCACGGUGGCAUCCAGAAUGGAAAUGGAUCUUUGAGUGAAAACGAUGUAAUACAUAGGCACAUCUACGUGUGGUGCUGUGAACAGACAUGCAGACGAAACCACAUGACACACCAAACUAUAGAAGAAGAAAGAAUGCAUGCGCAUAAGUCCGUCACCAUUCGCUUUCCAAGCCCCUGAGUACGGAGGAAUUACUGGAGGAUUUCAGCUGAAACCGAAGCGGAGAAGCCGCACUCAGGGGCUAUUCACAUGGAAACGUUUUCAGGUUAAAAUGGUAAGUAUUUUAUCAUUUCAGCCUCUCCACCACACAGGAACAGCGAUUUGGGUGACCUGAAACGGUAUUUUUUGAAAACUGCUUCCAGAGUGGGAAAAUCUGAAAAUGACGGCUUAUCGUUGCCAUGUAGACAGGCAAUACGAGAACGAUGACGUCACCGACCCACCGCUGCCUUGUUGCCGUCACAUGACUAGAAGUGAGUUUUGACAACAAGCCAACAUGUCUGAAUAUUUUAAGUGCCAUGACUGUCUGCAGUCAACAUUCUCCCAGUAUUUUCUUGUUUUAUACUCCCAAAAUAACAUGUAAUUCCACGAGCCUGUAAUUCCAAGAGCUGAAGACAACGGAUUUAGGCGCAUCCACGCUUUCUUCUUCUAUUGUUUGGUGUGUCACGUUCCGUCUGCAUAUGUUCACAGCGCCACACAUAAGUGUGCCUUGUGUAUUACAUUGUUUUCAGUCAGUAAUCUGUUCCCGUUUGGAUGCAACUAUUUACUAAACCAGCACAGUGUGGGCGCGACUUUUUUUUUUUCAACCCACCAAAAAAAAAAAAAAAAAAAAUCCCAAUGACGUUCCUGUGUAGACGGCCUCACAGAGAUAGGUAGUGCUGAAUGGUAGAAUUUUUACUGCUUGAGUAGCAAGUAAAGAAUACUCGUUCCAACUACACUUUUUUUUAACCAAAAACUAUAAGAA